AGGAAAGAAGUACAUGUUCAUGGCAUCAAAGAGAAGGACCUAUUUUAGGCUCCUGAGCUGUUUAGCCAUUGCUGAGUAUUCCAAGCUAAAGAUGCCAGUGAUGAGUCACCUGAGAGUGAUUCUACAGGUCUCUUCACAUACGUUGCUAUGGAGAAGGUUCCAGGUUCCAAGGUUGGUGCAACUGAGGUCCUGCAGUCUCUAUACCUGCACUUACAGAACCAGGAACAGAGCCCUACCUCCACUCUGGGAGAACUUGGACCUUGUUCCUGCGGGUGAUCGGCAGUCACCCAUCAACAUCCGGUGGAGGGACAGUGUUUACGACCCUGGCUUAAAACCACUCACCAUUUCUUAUGACCCAGCCACCUGCCUCCACAUCUGGAACAAUGGAUACUCCUUUCUUGUGGAAUUUGAAGAUUCUACAGAUAAAUCAGGUAAAGGCAAGAUCUGGUAG